AUGGCAAAACGGAAGGUGGACACUGAGAACCGGGGGUUUCAAACAAGGUGGGAGUCGGAGUAUAUGCCAGACCAUGAAAAGAAGCUCUCUACCAGUGCGUUCCCGAGCGCACAGUUGGCUGAUAAAAUAGGGCCCCAACCUGGACCCUUCCCCUCCACAGGGCCCCAACCUGGACCCUUCCCUCCACAGGGCCCCAACCAGGACCCGUCCCCUCCACAGGGCCCCAACCUGGACCCUUCCCCUCCACAGGGCCCCAACCUGGACCCUUCCCCUCCACAGAGCCCCAACCUGAACCCUUCCUCCACAGGGCCCCAACCUGGACCCUUCCCCUCCACAGGGCCCCAACAUGGACCCUUCCCCUCCACAGGGCCCCAACCUGGACCCUUCCCCUCCACAGAGCCCCAACCUGCACCCUUCCCUUCCCCUCCACAGAGCCCCAACAUGGACCCUUCUCCUCCACAGGGCCCCAACCUGGACCCUUCCCUUCCACAGAGCCCCAACCUGGACCCUUCCCCUCCACAGGGCCCCAACCUGGACCCUUCCCCUCCACAGGGGCCCCAAACUGGACCCUUCCCUCCACAGAGCCCCAACCUGGACCCUUCCCCUCCACAGAGCCCCAACCUGGACCCUUCCCCUCCACAGGGCCCCAACCUGGACCCUAACCAGGACCCUUCCCUCCACAGGAGCCCCAACCUGGACCCUUCCCCUCCACAGGGCCCCAACCUGGACCCUUCCUCCACAGGGCCCCAACCAGGACCCUUCCCUCCACAGAGCCCCAACCUGCACCCUUCCCUUCCCUCCCACAGGGCCCCAACCUGGACCCUUCCUCCACAGGGCCCCAACCUGAACCCUCCCCCCACAGGGCCCCAACCUGCACCCUUCCCUUCCCUCCCACAGGGCCCCAAACUGGACCUAUCCCCUCCACAGAGCCCCAACCUGGACCCUUCCCCUCCACAGAGCCCCAACCUGGACCCUUCCCCUCCACAGGGCCCCAACCUGGACCCUAACCAGGACCCUUCCUCCACAGGGCCCCAACCUGGACCCUUCCCCUCCACAGGGCCCCAACCUGGACCCUUCCCCUCCACAGGGCCCCAACCUGGACCCUUCCCUCCACAGGGCCCCAACCUGGACCCUUCCCCUCCACAGGGCCCCAACCAGGACCCGUCCCUCCACAGGGGCCCCAACCUGGACCCUUCCCCUCCACAGAGCCCCAACCUGGACCCGUCCCCUCCACAGGGCCCCAACCAGGACCCUAACCAGGACCCUCCACAGGGCCCCAACCUGGACCCUUCCCCUCCACAGGGCCCCAACCUGGACCCUAACCAGGACCCUUCCCCCUCCACAGAGCCCCAACCAGGACCCGUCCCCUCCACAGGGCCCCAACCUGGACCCGUCCCUCCACAGGGCCCCAACCAGGACCCUAACCAGGACCCUCCACAGGGCCCCAACCUGAACCCUUCCCCUCCACAGGGCCCCAACCUGAACCCUUCCCCUCCACAGGGGCCCCAACCAGGACCCUUCCCCUCCACAGGGCCCCAACCUGGACCCUUCCCUCCACAGGGCCCCAACCUGGACCCUUCCCCUCCACAGAGCCCCAACAUGGACCCUUCCCUUCCACAGGGCCCCAACCUGGACCCUUCCCCUCCACAGGGCCCCAACCUGGACCCUUCCCUCCACAGGGGCCCCAACCUGGACCCUUCUCCUCCACAGGGCCCCAACCAGGACCCUUCCCCUCCACAGGGCCCCAACCUGAACAUUUCGCCUCCACAGGGCCCCAACUUGGACCCUUUGCUUGUAAACAAUGUAAUUGUAAAUGCUGUGUAG